UUUAAUGAAGUAUCCCAAUGUUAGCGACAGUAAAACCUGGAGUGCACCAGUUGAUAUCUCCGGCCGUUUCAUCUGGUAUGAAUCGAUAUGUGACGUUAAGUCAAUUAGGAGAUGGUACCUAUGGAAGUGUAAUGUUGGGACAGCGACUGGACACUGGGGAGAAAGUAGCAAUUAAGAGAAUGAAAAAGAAAUAUCACUCAUGGGAAGAAUGCAUGAAUCUGAGGGAAGUAAAGUCUUUGCAGAAACUUAGUCAUGCUAAUUUGGUGAAAUUAAAAGAAGUCAUCAGGGAAGACAAUACUCUUUAUUUUGUGUUUGAAUAUAUGAAAGAGAAUUUAUAUCAAUUAAUAAAAAGCAGGGAUAAUCCAUUUUCUGAAAAUGUGAUAAAAAAUAUUCUUUUCCAAAUCUUACAAGGUCUAGCUUUUAUGCAUAAACAUGGCUUUUUUCACCGUGAUAUCAAACCAGAAAAUUUGCUGUGUAAAGGGCCUGAGCUCAUAAAGAUUGCAGAUUUUGGUCUUGCUCGGGAGAUCAGAUCUAGACCCCCGUACACAGACUAUGUUUCAACCAGAUGGUAUAGGGCUCCUGAAGUGUUACUAAGGGCAACAAAUUACAAUUCCCCUAUUGAUAUGUGGGCCGUAGGUUGCAUCAUGUCAGAACUGUAUACGUUACAGCCCUUGUUUCCAGGAAGGACUGAAAUUGACCAGGUCUUUAGGAUAUGUUCAAUUUUAGGAACUCCAGAUCAACGAGAUUGGCCUGAUGGCUACAGAUUGGCAGCAGAAAUGAAUUUCAAAUUUCCUCAAUUCAAAGAAAUGCCAAUCAGUUCCAUUGUUAGGAAUGCUGGUCAGGAUGGUUGUACAUUACUGAAAGAUCUCUUGAGGUGGAAUCCUGACAAAAGGCCGACAGCCGUCAUGGCUGCUCGUUACCCUUAUUUUCAAAGUGGUUUUAAACCCAUGGCUCAGACAAACCGUCGUGUUUCUGCCUACAAUCGUCACCUUCCAGAUUCAUAUCAAGAUAUUUCAAAACUGAAACCUUCUGAGGAAAAGUCAGCAUAUAGAAGACGAUGGGGUGGUCAGUUGACGCAUGAAAAUGAGCCGUCAGAUUCUGAAAACAGCAUUGAUAGGGAAAAAAUCAAGCCAACUCAUGAAGUUGCUCGUUUUUCUGCAAAGCAACAAUUUUUGGGGAAGCCAGGAAUCUACAGCAAUCAAAAUUCAAGAAAUGUAAUGUACAAUGAUUCUGCAAGAUUGAAACGAACAGGUCACUUCAAUGCUACUCCUUUCCAACCUUCAACUUUUGAUCGUAGAAACUCCCAGUCAUCUGUCAGUGGAACUCCAGUACAAAAACCCGUCCAAAGUUAUGGUCGAUCUUCCAAUCAGGUUUUUUCAAUACCUGGGAAAAUAGACUGGAGUGCUAAGUAUUUGAAUUGAAAAAGCAGCCACUGCCACUUUCCCGUCCAGCUCCCUUUUGAGACAGUGGGUCUCGAGUCUAGUCAUUUUCUGACUCCAGUGUUUCGAAGAGCUCCGAUAAUUUUUGCUCCAAGAGGAUGAAAAGACAGAAUAUUGAGAACUGUGUCAAUAUCAAAUCUCGUCAUGGUGCUGUGAUGCAAAAAUUCAGGAAUUUUCAUUCAAAAUAUUGCCAAAAGUGAACAAUUGGUUUUAUCUCUCAUAACAAAGAUUUUUUAAUUUGUAUAUAUGUUUGUAGAACAUUUGCUUUUAUUUUUGUGAACAUUUUUUUUUUCUUUUCGGUCUUAAAAAUAUAAAUAGGUAUCUAGCUCAUAAAAUUCCACAAAAAAAAAAAAAAAAAAAAAAAAAAACUUCAAUCUUACUUAUAAAUUCAUUCAAAUGUAAUUUAUCUACACAACUUUUAUAUUGUCUUAUUAUUUAUUUUUUUAUGCAAAAUUAUUUAUUGAUUGACGUAUUGAUGUUAUUAGUAUACCUUAUUUUGACAAUAUAGCAUUAACAAAUUUAUUACUCAAAAAACAUUGUUGAGUAAGGUAUUUUGAAAUCAAAGGCAGCUUGUUAAAAAUUCUGUGUAACAUUUUACUUUAUCUGCAUUAUGUUUGUUAGCUUUUUUUUAAACUCUGAAUAACUGCAGUUUAUCCAUGACCAGGGGCGUGGAGUCUGAGGGUGCUGUUGUGCUCCAGCACCCCCAAUAUAUUUGUGGGUGUGCACAGCAGGCAAAAGAAAAAAGGGACCGAAAUUAAAAAUCUAUUUCCUAAAUAAGGAUGACCUUUAGGCUACAGAUUGGCAGCCACAAAAGUUGCUUGUUUUUUUUUAUUUUCAAUGAGCUUUUUUUUUAUAUUUCAUCCCACCACCAAAGUAAAAAAUCCUAACCUUUCAUGAAAUUUAUUCAAACUUAUUCAUCCCUUAAGUGUUUUUAAUCAUUUAUUUGAUAUACUGUCAGCCCCGCUUAAUCGGGUAACGGAUAAACGAAUACCCCGCUUAUACAAAUGAAACCUCCCAGAACCGAAUAUUUUCCCCUAGACGCAAUGUUAAAGAUCCCUGUUUAAUCAAAUAAUUUCCUCGGAUAAUCAAAUAAUAUUUAUCAGCUUUUGUAAAUAUUUUUGUUGAGAAAAAUUUUAAAUAAAUUAGAGAGAAAUUAAAGUAAAAACAAUUAUUGACGUGAAAAUAUAAAGUGAUAUUUAUUGCUGACAACGGGCGAGAAAAACAGCAUUCAUAUUCCAUCAAAAUGUUUCCACUAUUCUAUCAAUUUUCUUUUGUCUUUGUCAUUACAAAAAAAAAAAAAAAAAAAAAAAAUAGUGCAGUCAAUAAUUAAAUUAAAUAGCACAAAUAAAUAUUCUCAUUUUAGAUGAUGAUAAAUAUUAAAUGUAAGAUACGGUAGACGAGGAGGGGAAAAAGGGAGUCAGAAAAGUGUUCCCAAAAGACUUAGAGCAAGCAAUCCCCUAUUAUGGAAUUAAAAAAAAAAUAACUUACUGAAAAAAGGUGCCAAAACAAAGAUUUAAAACCUCAAGUUGUAAAUGACAUUUUAUAAUUUUCAUACGUACUUGUAAUACAAAAACAAACUAUUGAAAUAUUUUGUUGUUUAUUUAGCUUAUUUCAAAAACGUUUUAGCAAUAACAUAUUUCCUUUACAUAGCUAUUGAUCUAUUAUUAUUAUUAUGUUUCAAGACAAAUGUUGUCAAUUUAGAAAGGUAAAUAAAAUUUUCCCCGAUAGACGAUAUUCGAUUAAGUCGUGCUGACAGUAUUUAAAUUUUAUGUAUUUUUUCUGAACAAAUGAAAAUGUUUGAAGGCUACUUCAAAAAAAAAAAAAAAAAAAAAAACUUAUUUUAAACACCCGUUUUAUAAAAGCAUUCCGAAAUUUCCAAGAAGUGUUUAUUCUCACGCCCUAUUAUUCUUCUUCACUUGUUAAAUUUCUAAAUUAUUUGAUGGGUGUAAUUCAUUGCUCUUUACAGUCAUGAUAUUUGCAAGCAAGACAAAACGAUAAGACAUGAAUCAUAAUUUUUUCAAGAAAAAAAAAUAUAUAUUUCAGUUUUUAUUAAACUUUUUCUUCUACCGCUCAAUUGAGCAGACUUUUCUGUUGGUUUACAUUAUUUAUGUCAAUAGGAAGGGGAAAGAAGUGUACUCAAAAUAAAAUAUAAAGAAUCUUGGAUGAAAUCCAUUUAUGCAACACGUACUGUGUAUUAAAAUAAAGAACAAAUGACAAAAACUCAAACACACUCGAUUAAGUGUUUUGUAGACGUAUUAUGAUUCUGUUAUGCAGUAUGAGGUGUACAAAUACCUAAUUCGAUGUUGAUUCUGCAAGUAUUCAACAAAUGUCUUUUUUCACCUUGCAAAAAUAUUAACCUUAGUACUUAAUAUUUCAAUUUCUCUCAUAAUUUAAAAAUAUCAGUACAAAUUUGAUUUUUUAAAAAUAUUUAGUUUGGUCUCACUAAAUUGUGUUUCUAUAACUUAUGACUCACUAAUAUUUUCUCAGGUAAAAUACUGUUUUAACAUUUAUGUUAAUUUUUUCUACUAGUGGAAUUAUACCGUGAUCAAAACUGAAAGUAAAAAUUGAUAUUUUCCAUCAAGUAUUUCUCUUUAAAAAACUAAAGCACAUUUUCUUAAAAGUUACAUUCUAAAAUUUGCCUUACUUAUCCCCCCUACUCCCCUGAACUCUUUUUGAGCACCCCCACUGACUUUCAAACCCGGCACCACUGUCUAUGACUAAGCUUGGUGUAUUAGUGAAAGGUCCGUAGUUGAAAAUAAGUAGUUUUUUU